UUGCCAGGGGCUGUCCUGCUGUCUGUCAAAGGCCAGCAACUGGAAGCAGUGCCAGUGAAAUCUUGUGCCUAGCAGGCAUAUAAAAAUAUUCUGAGCACUGCUGAGAGCUGAAGCUUCACAGAGAGGGAAGCACCUGAAGGGACCUAGCUUUGGAGCAUCACGCCGAUGAUGGGAAGCGACUGUACUCCACUGCGUGCCCAACGCCCACCUCUCUGUUGGCUUGGCAGUGUAAAGUCAUCCUUCCACUGGAAUGGUUUUGUGGAUUACAAUUAAGGAAAUCUCCAAAACACAACAGCUGAUCAUGGAGGAAGCCAUGGAGAGAGGAGAUAUUUUAAACAUAAAAUUGCAUGGAUCAAAGUAAAACUCUCCUGUGACCUCCUCACCUCAAGGGCCUGCAUUCAACAGCACCGACUCCAGUUUCCUGCCAGUUGCGUGUACCACCAGAGGAAAAUGAACAUACUGAGCAGCCACCACUUUCUGUACCUUCUGCCCACCACUCGCCUUGUCAUCUUACUAGCAGCUCUGACGACUGCUGAGGAUGUGACUAAUAGCACUUUCAACCGCACUGACAUGAACACGGGAUCCGUGCCUGUGGUCAUCUCCCGCAUCGACCAUAUUAUAGUCAAGGAGGGGAGUAGUGCCUUGAUUGACUGCAAUGUCCAAGGUAGUCCUAGUCCGCAUUACCGAUGGUACAACUCCAAUGGCCAGCUGCUCCAAGAGGAAGAGAAUAAAGCAGGAAAAUGGUGGUUUCUUGACAACGGGCUACUAAACAUUACCAGCGUGUCUUUUGAAGACAGAGGUAAAUACACUUGUGUCGCAUCUAAUAUGUAUGGCAGUGUUAACAAUACUGUGACACUGAGGGUUGUCUAUACUUCCGGAGAUAUGGGAAUCUAUUACAUGAUCGUCUGCCUCGUAGCUUUUACCAUUGUUAUGAUACUGAACAUUACCCGGUUAUGUAUGAUGAGCAGCCACCUGAAGAAAACAGAGAAAGCAAUCAAUGAAUUCUUCAGGACAGAAGGAGCGGAGAAACUCCAGAAAGCCUUUGAGAUUGCAAAGCGUAUCCCAAUUAUCACUUCAGCCAAAACGCUCGAGCUUGCCAAAGUAACACAGUUCAAGACCAUGGAAUUUGCUCGCUACAUCGAAGAGCUUGCUCGCAGCGUACCUUUGCCACCUCUCAUCAUGAACUGCAGGACUAUAAUGGAAGAAAUUAUGGAGGUUGUCGGUCUGGAGGAGCAAGGACAGAAUUUUGUACGGCAGACAGCAGAAGGCCAAGAAACCACUGAAACAGAUGAGCUGUAUAUGAUCCCGAAUGCUUUGAAGCGCAGUGACUCUCCCACAGCUGACUCUGAUGCAUCGUCGCUGCACGAGCCACCUCAACAGAUUGCAAUAAAAGUGUCAGUUCACCCAUUGUCCAAAAAGGACUGCAUGGAUGGUCAGUCACAAGAAAGCAUGCAGCUGGACACCAAGGAAGAAGGCACUCCUCAAACACCAGCACUUCCUGUGGAGCCCCCUCCUGAACCUUCUGCUGAACUCAGUUCUGAUGACACAGCAUUGGCAAAUGACAAAAGUACAUGUGUUAUAUAUGAAAGCCAUGUAUGAUAGUUGCUCCUGAAUCUAUGCAUAGCAGGAAAAUCAGGUGGAGCUCUUUUAAAAAUGCAUAUUGUACUUGCCGCUAAGCCUUACCUGGAGACUAUCAUAGCAAAAGCAUGUAUGUGGAUUAUCUGGCACUUUCUUCUCAAUUUGACUUUAGUUUACCAUGAUGUAUGGCAGAAUAAUUGCUAAUACAUUAAUAUUAAUUGCUCUUUGGGGUUAGGAGUAUUUCCAAGAAACAUUUACCUCAGCAUUUUCUAGGUCGGAGUCACCUGUAGUGGCUUCUUGAAGUCACUGGUAGUAUUUGAUGUAGGACACUUGAACUUGCUAAACACAAAACUGGUUUUCAUUUUCCUCCUUCAUUCUCAUUAUUUCCAUCUAUUGCAUUUUUGCAAAUAUUGUCUUGUGAAUUUGAGUUAUUGCCCAAGAGGCAGCACUCCAAUAGCCAAAUAAAAUCCUAAUAGAUCCCAUUUACAAAGCCUGUUUGCUGAGCUGCAUUGUGAUUUAGAGGGCUAUUAAGGAAAGUUAAAAUGUUUCCAUUUCAUUUGAGACCAGGCUGCUUAGGCACAAAGGGAAAUAGUUUUCUCUUUUCCAUGGAAUGAAGAAGCCAACAAGUAUUUUUUUUCACAUCAAGAAACAACUUUGAGCUGUAUUUUACAGAUAGGAAAGCCCUUCAACAUCUUACAGAAUGCUGCAGUCACAGCUCUGCAGGGUGUUUUUGCACGUAUUUGACCAUCUCUGACUUUGCCAGAAGUUUAUAUGGAAAACAGUUGCAAAUCUGCCAGAUGUCUUGCUUUGUAGUAAUUUGGUAGGAGUAAGUAUGCGCAGCCCUACUAGAAGACAUGCAGGUGCGUUAGCAGCAAUCCUGCAAACUCCAGGGAACAGCUGAUGACAAGGGUGAAAUGGCAGAAGAUCCUUUUGCUGGGAUUCUCUUUUUUUUUUUUUUUUUGCAGAUUCAUGUUCUGAGGGUCAAGCCUAAAUUCAUCUAUAAGCAUAAGUCUGAGAAUGUUUUAUCCAAAUUAAAAAACAAACAAAAAAGUGUGCUGUAAAAUUACAAUGAUGAUCACACAAACUGCUUACUGUGUUAUAAUUUCUUUUGUAUUUUAAGUACCUCCUACGUAUGUAGGAUGUUCACUACUUGAGAACACGUGACUCUACCCCAGUAAAGCUUUAAUGAUUAUGGCAAUUGUGGCAUUAAAAAGGAUUGACAUUUAUGCCAGGAAAAGCAAGGAGUGGAAGGGAAGUGCUAAUUUCUAUUGCGGACAGACAAUAAAAGGGACCUUUUCUGGAGUGAGUCUGAAAAGAAAGCACUUCCAAGAGGAGCCCUUACAGGCUUAAUGCCAUAUUAAUUUUCUGACACACAUUUAAUUUGGAACUAAUGAACAAUCACCUGAUAGUUUUUAAGAAAGACUGUAGUGUAAGUAUAGAUACUCAAAUCUGGAAUCGAGUAUAUUGAAGAAAAAGAAGUCAGUUAAGUCUAUGGGGAGAUGAUGCAUGGAUGGCUAUCUGAAUGUUUUAUUGAAGUAGUCACAUCUACAUGUGUCCUUCAGAGGUAAGCAGCUAUAUUAACUGCACAGGUCAUUAAGAUAAUGCAAAGGCAAUGUUGCAGCUAUCUGUAAAAACCACUGAGGUUUUUUGUGGACUUCUUCAUAUUAAAGAGCAGAGCUUCAACAGCAGUGUAGUACAGGAACACCCUGUGACCUCCCUUUGUAUACUUAUUUAAAAAUACUUGUUUAAUAAAGGUCUUCAGAUAUUGCAAUUGAACUUGUGAAAGUGACAGCAUUUAGUUGCCUAACAUUUGUGCUUACCACUGUGGCAGGCACCUAUACAAAAUGCAUUUGCACAUACCCAAAAGGAAGCACGCAGGGGCAAAGUCCCUUUAGGAAUGUGGCUGGAAAUAUUUUUGAAGCAAUAUAAAUCUAGAACACAGGGUAGAGCACCAUGAGGAACCUCACUUCUGACCAGUGCGAUUGAAAACACUUCUGAUGCAAACUUAACUCCUUGUCUGAGUCCAAAGUACAUUUCUGUUCAGUGUUCACAUCAGUUUUUCUUCAAGUCCCUUAAUUUGCUUCUAGUGUGAAAAAAAUGUGAUGGCAGAAACAAAAGCAGGAACUUGCAUUGAGUUACUUUUAUUCACCUUAAUCUCCUGAAAAGAUGCAUCGUGUUUUUUCUACCUGCCCAGCACUUACAAACAAUGUAAUUCAUUUUGAAGUUACCUGCUUGGUGCCCAACUAAGAUUGCUCAGAUGAGCAAGGAUGUUCUCUUUCAAAGCGUAAAAAUAACUUUAAAAUUGCACUUCAAUAACAAAAAAGGUUCAAUAUUAGCUUAUUGUUUUAAAGUACAGUAUUUAAUUUUAAUAGUAUUUUAAUUAUAAUUUUAUUUUACAGUGUGGAUCAGAUCUCUUCACAUAUUCAUAUGGUGAUUGGGUACCAGGCAGUUCUGACCCUGACUGCUGCCCAACCUGUUUAUUAUUUAUUUAUUGAGCAAUAUGGAAGAGCAAACAAUCCACAGGGUUUUCUUUGCUGUCCCUGAGCAAACUUCCUUGAAGAUAUAGAUUAUAUUUUUUCCAAAGGUUGCCCACAAAGAUUGUGUAUUCAAAUACAAGCACACUUUGCAAACCAUUUAUAAACAGCAGUUAUUUGGAUUAGAGGCAUGUAAUAGGUACAGUGCUGAAUUUCCGCUGUUGCAAGGUCAAAAGGAACUUCUUUGACUUUGCUGGAGCUGGAGUCACUCAGAGCUGAGAGGCCACAGGUAGGACUGGCCUAGCCAGUAAAGCCUUUGGACAUUUAGCUUGGUGGUUUUACCAGAAUAAAAACCAACAGCACUGUAUCUAAAGAAAAUACAGAUUGUAAUGGGUCUGAUUUAUGUAUUCAUUCUCUUUUCAUGUGUCUUUAUGCAUUUCUUGUAUAAUACCUGAAAGAAUAAAGCUUUUUACAUGCUUUCAGGUACUUUCUUCUGUGGGAGCUAUGUGGGCAAAGAUCCAAACGUUCCUCUUUCAGAUUUUCUGGCUGUGCUAUCAUAAAGUAAGCAAUUUUGUUUUGCAGUAUUUCCUAGGGAAUGGCUAUUUUAUGUUGCAAGGACACUAUUAACAAAUAUAAAAUCCAUGAUGGUUCUAAGAAAACAUUAACAUUUGCACUGUUACGUAUUUUCAUGCGCCUUAAGCACUUCAGGGACAUUAAGCGAUUUGUUCUCAUAUUUGGUCUAUGCACACCUUUUGUUACAUUGUUUUAUUUAUCACAUCACCAAGCAGCAAUUGUUUGUAAAACACUCAGCAUCUGGAAAAUCCUGUCCAAGUGCGUUUGUGUUCUAAAAGCAUAAGGAACACCAGGUCGGGUUUAGAAAGGAAAAGAGAUUUGCAGGAUGUAUUUACACCAUUUAAAAUACUUUUCCUGAAUUUCAUGAAACAUGACUGGAUUUCUGCAGCACAAGAAGUCAGUGUUGGAUUUGAUUUCUGACAUUCCUUAUUCUUUUUGCACUAAAUGUAAGACUGUAUUAAUCAGACCGUUUGAACGAAGUUCUCACUGUCUGCUGACUCAUUUUCUUUCUGACCAGCACUUGUUUACUGACCCUCUUCUGUUGUCUGAUUUGAGUAUGCUUGUGAUUAAAUCUCUACCCCUCAA